GAGACAUCCAGGGCUCUCCUGAUGAGGAUGCUGGAUGAUGCUACCCAGCAGGCUCUCCUGAGGCAGGCAAAGAUGCUAAUGUCUCCUGCGCUGGAGAGGAACCUCUCCCUCCGAUCAGAUCGCCAGACACGCGAUGUCGAGCCACGCCUGAGCCUGAAGCCACUGGCGUCACCCAGCCCGAGCCUCAGCAUCCAUGCCAGCGAGAGAUCCCGCAGGCUUAACCUCCAAAAUUCAACGCUGUCAAGCCGAGAUGGUCGUCACGUCCACGGCCAUCGCCAUGCAGUGGAAGAACCUCUCCUUGCCCGCCUCGUCUCCAACCGCUCGUCAAGAACUGCAAUGCCGCCGCGGCACCAUCCAAGUCGAGAGCAGAGGCAUUCCGGCUUCAGCCCCCACCGUUUGUCAGUAGCUGCAAUGUCGCAACGUGGCACGGUGACUGGGAGUACUCGGCACGACGACCGCAGGGACAGGCCGCGCCGCAGCUCCGGCCGUGGUGACCUAUCGUCGCUGGAGCGCAGCAGCAGGCGGCGCUCUGUGUCCCGAGAAUUGUCUCAGGGGCGGGUACGGCUGCAUGGCCGCACCACGGCGCGGGACGUCGGAGAGGAAGGCUCCUCCUCGACGCGUCGUUUUGGGAGACUGGGCUCUGGGUUGUCCGUGACCAUGAGGUCACGUCGUGGCUCGGAGAGAUCCGGACGGGGCGUGGCUACGCGGAGACACUCGUCCUCGAGCAACGGGGUGGUCACGAUACACAGCCGUAUCAGGCCGAACCGGGAGCUCAUGGAACGCUGCCUACGCCGGGGCGAAGAAGAAGAGUGCACUCCGCGGCGACCGAGGGAGGAUGGCGCUGUCUUUAGCGUGGGCUGGUCAAGCCGGCAGCGGCAGACGCUGAAACAGAUCGACUCCGGCAGCAGGUACAACAGCAGCUCCCCAUCUGGCGCCGCCAGCUCGUUUCCCUCGACAAACCCGACGGUGCCGGCGUCGAGCGCCUCUGCUUCUUACUCCUCCUCACCCGUGUCGCGGCGGCCGGCUUAUGCGUCUGAGGUGUCGGGCUCGUUGAGGAGCCGCCGCCGCAGGGAACGCCAGGAGAGGCGCGAGGGGCGGCUGCGGAGGCUCAAGAACAAGAUCGCCACGGUGUUCCACCAUCGCCACGACCAUCAUCACCACCACCACUUCGGGCGCGGCAAGGAGGACCCGUCCAGGCGCGACCGUCGCUCCCACCAGCGCAUGUCGCCGUGGAGGUAUCUAGGGGAAGUGUUCCACAGCACAAAAGGCCAAGAGAAGAAGACCACGAGCCGGACGGUGGCAAGCGUCCCGGGGGAGAGGCGCGGCGGCGGGCACAUGCCUGCGUUGUUCGACGCGAUGGUGCGGCACCUACGGGGCACCCGGCGGAAGGCACCGGCGCACGCCAGGAUGAGGCGGACGGGCAGCCGGGUGCAGGUCAAGAAGCUGCACUGGUGGCAGCGGCUGAGGCGACGGCGCAGCAGACCACGACGCCGGUUGGGGCAUGGAAAGCCAGUGUAGUUGUAUAGUAGUAGUAGUUUCUUUGCCAUCACUGCGCAUGAAAUAUUAUGCUGUUUCUGGUGAUAUUUUCACCAGGAUGAUGAGUUGUAUCAUAUAUGUACUUCAU